AUGGCUCAGACGGACGUACUGCUGACCAAGCAGCCCGCCCCGCAGACAGUGCCGGCGUGUGAGCUGCCCCCCAAGCUGUACGAUGUGGCCCGCAACACAGGUGCCCACACGUCCGCAGGCCUGGCCACUGCUGGCUUCCGCACCGCCAAGUAUCUGGUGGACGAGUGGUUCCAGAACAGCUAUGCCAGUUACCACCAGGCCUUUGCCGACCGCGACCGGUCGGAGCGGCAGCGCCAUGAGAGCAGGCAGCUGGCUGCGGAGACGGGGGCUCUGGCGCAGCGCACGCAGGAGGACUCCACCCGGAAGGUGGGCGAGCGCCUGCAGGACAUGCACUGCUGGAAGUCGGAGCUGCAGCGGGAGGUGGGCGAGCUGGUGGUGGAGACCGACCUGAUGCUGGCCCAGAAGCAGCGGCUGGAGCGCGCCCUGGACGCCACAGGGGUGCCCUUCUCCAUCGCCACCGACAACCUGCAGUGCCGCGAGCGCCGCCAGUACCCCGACCUCGUUCGUGACUAUGUGGAGAUGGAGCUGCUGAAGGAGGCUGAGCUCAUCCGGAACAUCCAGGAGCUGCUGAAAAGGACCAUCAUGCAGGCUGUGAACCAGAUCAGGAUGAACCGGGAGCACAAGGAGCUGUGCGAGAUGAACUGGUCUGACAAGGUGGAGGCCUACAACAUCGACGAGACCUGUGCCCGAUACAACAACCAGAGCACCGAGGUGCAGUUCCACCCGCACUCCACUAAGUUCGAGGAGAGCGCCUCCACGCCAGAGUCCUGGGCCAGGUUCACACAGGAAAGCCUGCAGCGCGCGGAGCGCGAGCGCCUGGCCUCCUUCAACCUGCGGGGCCUCAUUGACUGCGUCCUGCGGGACACCUCCGAGGACCUGCGGCUGCAGUGCGACUCGGUGAACCUGGCCUUCGGGCGCCGCCUGGAGGAGCUGGAGGACUCGCGCCACAAGCUGGAGCAUCACCUGAACAAGGCGCUUCGGGAGAUCGCAGACCAGGAGCACAACAUUGCCGAGCUGAAGCAGGCCAUCAGGGACAAGGAGUUGCCUCUGAAGGUGGCGCAGACCCGCCUGUACCAGCGCUCGCAGCGGCCCAACGUGGAGCUGUGCCGCGAUACCGCCCAGUUCAGGCUGGUGAGUGAGGUAGAGGAGCUGAACAGGUCCCUCUCAGCACUGAAGGAGAAGCUUCUAGAAGCGGAGCAGUCGCUGCGCAACCUGGAGGACACACGCAUGAGCCUGGAGAAGGACAUCGCUGUCAAAACCAACAGCAUCUUUAUUGACAGCCAGAAGUGCAUGACCCACCGCGCCCACUACCCCACCAUCCUCCGACUGGCUGGCUACCAGUGACCAGGGCUGGCACCACGGCACAGCCCCCCAACUGUCCUUGGCCGGAUUCGGGCA